ACCGUUAACAGGAAAGAAGGGACUGUCAUUCUGGCUGUGUCCUUGUAGGCUAACGAGCUAGCUAUCUGCUGUAACAGGCAAGCAAAUGUGUCCCAUUUGGAAAAAUGAAUUAAAGUGUGUCUGAAGAGUGAAUUUGAGAGAGAUUAACGUUUACUAGCUGUUAGCGGCAUCAUGCUACGUGUCGGGAGUAAAGCUGCCUGCAUGGCCUGUAGGAACCUGGUUUCUACCAACAUGGGGGUGAGAUUUCGGGUACCGCUACAGAAGCUACACCCUCUGUCCCGUGCCAUCCACCACCGCUACUCGGGAAACACCAACCCUCAGCGACCUCCUCAUCGCACAGCAGCCCGCUAUUUCACCUCCAUGUCUCGAUUGCCGAUGCGGCCACCCAAGCCUCCUCCAGGUUCAGGGGGGCAAAAUUACCAGCAACAGCGCAACUUCUGGGUGGCCCGCCUCGCUGCCCGGCUGCUAAAGCUCAGAUACAUUCUGCUGGGCUCAGCAGUGGGAGGAGGCUACACAGCUAAGAAGACCUAUGAAGAGUGGAAAGACAUGCUGCCUGAUUUUAGUGAAUACAACUGGGUCAUUCCUGAUUUUGUCUGGGAACUCAGUGAACAAAUCGAUCUUGAUAAACUGGCCAAAGCUCUACCAGAGAUGGAGGAAAUAGCCAAACUAUUACCUGAUUUAGACAAAAUAGGAGAGAACUUCACUUUCAUUAAAAGUCUCCUUUCCCCUGGUGUGAGUUUGGGUAGUGAAGUCAAAGGAGCUUCUGGUCUGCAUCUGUUGUUAGAUACCCCAGGCAAUCCUUCGCUAAAAGCCACAGAUUCUUCUGCAGCUGCAGCACAUGAUGGCAGUGACAAGCAGUACAGAAAGGGUCUGCUUGGCGAGCUCGUUCUUAUUCAGCAGCAGAUCCAGCGGCAUGAGGAAGAAGUCCGGCGGGCUGCUGCAGCCAGUAGUGCCCGUCCCCCAGAGCCUGCUCCCAGUCCUCCUCCGAACCCCAGCCCCUAUCAACAGAAUCGCAAGUCAUCAGACAAAGAAAGGCUAGACCAGCUUCAAGAAGAACUGCUACGCACACAGCUAAAAUAUCAACGCAUGCUAGAGAGACUGGAGAAGGAAAAUAAAGAAUUAAGGAAAGUGGUCCUUCAAAAAGACGAUAAGGGGAUUCACCAAAGGAAAGUGAAGAAAUCCCUUAUUGACUUGUAUUCUGAAGUCCUGGACAUCUUGUCUGAUUACGAUGCCAACUAUAACACCCAGGACCACUUACCCAGGGUGGUUGUGGUUGGGGAUCAGAGUGCUGGGAAGACCAGUGUGCUGGAGAUGAUAGCCCAGGCCAGGAUCUUCCCCAGGGGCUCAGGAGAAAUGAUGACACGCUCUCCCGUCAAGGUGACGCUAAGCGAAGGCCCACACCACGUGGCCAUGUUCAAGGACAGCGGCCGGGAGUUUGACCUUACCAAGGAGGAGGAUCUGGCUGCUCUGAGGCAUGAGAUCGAGCUGAGGAUGAGGAAGAGUGUGAAGGAGGGUCAGACAGUGAGCUCUGAGACAAUAUCUUUGAGUGUUAAAGGCCCUGGUAUCCAGAGGAUGGUACUUGUUGAUUUACCAGGUGUCAUCAGUACGGUGACUACAGGCAUGGCAUCAGACACUAAAGAAACCAUCUUCAGCAUCAGCAAGGCCUACAUGCAAAACCCCAAUGCCAUAAUCCUCUGCAUUCAGGAUGGCAGCGUGGAUGCAGAACGUAGCAUUGUAACAGACCUAGUUAGCCAGAUGGAUCCUCAGGGGAAGAGGACCAUCUUUGUCCUGACCAAAGUGGACUUGGCUGAGAAGAACCUGGCAAGUCCAAGCAGAAUCCAGCAAAUAGUAGAAGGCAAGCUGUUUCCAAUGAAAGCACUCGGCUACUUUGCUGUAGUGACUGGAAAAGGGAGUACUGGUGAAAGUAUAGACUCUAUUAAAGAUUAUGAAGAAGACUUUUUCCAGAACUCCAGAUUACUGAGGGAUGGCAUGCUGAAGGCUCACCAGGUGACCACAAAGAACUUGAGUCUGGCUGUCUCUGACUGCUUCUGGAAGAUGGUCAGGGAGUCCGUGGAGCAGCAGGCUGAUGUCUUCAAAGCAUCACGAUUCAACCUGGAGACAGAGUGGAAGAACAACUACCCUCGUCUUAGAGAGCUUGAUAGGAAUGAACUCUUUGAAAAGGCCAAAAAUGAAAUCUUGGAUGAAGUCAUUAGUUUGAGUCAAGUGACCCCACAACAUUGGGAAGCUAUUCUGCAGAAGAAGCUCUGGGAACGCGUUUCCACCCAUGUUAUUGAGAACAUCUACCUUCCCGCUGCCCAAACCAUGGAUUCUGGUACCUUCAACACUACUGUGGACAUUAAGCUCAAGCAGUGGACUGACAAGCAGCUUCCAAACAAAGCACUGGAGGUUGCCUGGGAAACAUUGCAGGAGGAGUUUGCUCGCUUCAUGGCUGAAUACAAAGGCAAAGACCAGGAUGACAUUUUUGACAAGCUAAAGGAAGCUGUAAAGGAUGAGAGCAUCAAGAGACACAAAUGGAAUGAGAGGGCCAUGGACAGCCUGAGGGUGAUCCAGCACAAUGCCCUUGAAGACCGUUCCAUCACAGACAAACCCCAAUGGGAUGCAGCAAUCCAGUUCAUGGAAGAAACCUUACAGUCACGCCUUAAAGACACCGAGUCAGUAAUCAAAGACAUGGUAGGCCCAGACUGGAAGCAGAGAUGGCUGAACUGGAGGAACCGUACACCAGAUCAGCACAUUCGAAAUGAAACAAAAAAUGAGCUGGACCGCUUGCUGAAGUUGCACGAUGACCACACUGCAUAUCUGGCUAAUGACGAGGUUACCACAGUCAGGAAGAACCUGGAGGGACGAGGGGUAGAAGUUGACCCAGUGCUGAUCAAGGACACAUGGCACCAGCUAUAUCGCCGACACUUCUUGCAGAAAGCGCUGUCCCACUGCAGCCUCUGCAAAAGAGGUUUCUACUACUACCAGAGACAUUUUGUUGACUCCGAGUUGGAGUGCAAUGACGUGGUACUGUUUUGGAGGAUCCAGAGAAUGCUGGUUAUCACAGCCAACACUCUCCGACAGCAACUCACCAACACUGAAGUGCGCCGGUUGGAGAAAAAUGUGAAGGAGGUGCUGGAUGACUUCGGAGAAGACAUGGAGAAAAAGACCCAGCUCAUCACUGGCCGCAGAGUCCAGCUGGCUGAGGAUCUCAAGAAAGUUCGUGAGAUCCAAGAGAAACUAGAAGCCUUCAUAGAAGCUCUUCACAAGGAGAAAUAAGAGAAACAGAGCAGUUGAAAGAUUUGGUGAGAAGCAGAGAAAUGCACUGAACAAAGAAAACUCAGUCGUUAAAUGACUGUCCCAUCCCCAUGGUCCUGCACAACACUCACCUUAUUUCCCCAACCAUGACUUGGCUUCCACUGAUGGAUAGAUGGACCUGAACAGAAAGAUGAGCUGGAAGAACAGUUUUCAGGCUUUCUCUUUCAUGUUAAUUUUCUUGAAGUCAAGAAGACACUCGAACACAAUUUGAUCAGAAGGAAAAUACAAAGCUUGCACAGUGAUGUCAGAUAUCUGACCACUUGUUUUCAAUAAAUAAUAAUUGUGUACAUGUUCAUCUCCCACGUAAUUAUUUUUAUUUUACUUUUUUUGUUGGUUUUUGUUGUUUAUAUCUGAUUGUAUGAGUGCGUACACAGAAACACCAUUGGCAGUGGUAAUGAUGGAUUAAAUUAAAUUAAAUUAAAGCCUUGCAUUUCAUACCGUUAUCUCACCUGGUGCUCCUAAAUCAUGCCAAGUAAACUGUGGUAGAUGCAGAAAUUGUUGCAAUUUAGUGUUCAAAAGAUUGUUUUUGUUGCACUUAGGAUCAAAAGCCCUUAAGUUAAUCCUUGAAGAUUAAUCUACGUUCUGUACCCUUAAAAUCUGCCCAAAAUGGGAAUAACAACUACUCUGUUGUAACAACACAACCACCACUCAUUGACAGAAUUCACAUAAUACAGUCAACUCUCACAGUGUUGGAGAUAAUACUUGUGUUGUCUUUCUUUUUUCUCAUUGGGUUUAUUUGACAAUAUUAGGUUUUUACAUCUGCUAAAUGCACAAAAUGUUUUUUUGUCCACAUUUUGUCCAUCAUUGUAUAAUUUGACAUUUUAAGUGUAUAUUGCAACAGCAGUUAAUAAUAUGACUUCUAAACAAUCAAAUGUAAUUAAAUACAGGUGGGCUUAAGCUAAAAAUGUGUGCUUUUGACUCACUGAUUCUCCAACUACUUGCUGUUCAGGGCCAGAUAUUUCCACUUGAUGCUGCCGAUAUUCUCUUUACCUUCAAGCCCUCCUAUUGCACAUCCACUCUCUCUGCACCUCCAUCACUAUUCUUACUCUGUCCAUCACUCACGGUAGACAUAUUUUUUCCCAGCUUGAAAAAAAAUGUCUAAAGGGGGUUUUAGGACAGUAUUAAUCCUAAUUAUUCAUUCAUAUGUGUAUAUGGAUACAUGCCGUAUAUUGUGUACAGGUAAACGUAAUGGGCAGUCACAGAGUCAUGAUCAUGUAUGUGCCCAAGUAAGCCACUUCUGGAAUAAAAAGAUGGCGAGCUGGUUCAAAAACAUAUUUUAUGUUGUAGAAAGUAAUGUUUGCAUGGUGUACCCCAUCAGAUGUGCUUUAUUUAUUAAAUCUGUGUUUAAAAGAAAAUUGAAAAUAAAAUUGACAAAUAAAAUUGA